AUGACAGAAAUAUAACUAUAAAUCGCAAAAAGUCAAGAGAAUCCUGAGUUGGAUGUAAUCAUAAAAGAUUGGGCUAUCAAGUUCAUUAAGGAUUUGGAGAUUAAACAUAACAUGAAAGUUUUAUUUGCAGCUGAAACAGGUAGUAGAGGUUAUGGAACUCAUAUGAAAGAUUCAGAUUUUGAUAUUAAAGGAUUUUUUAUUUAUCCUGCAAAAACAUAUAUGAGUGUUAUGGGUGGACCAAGUGCUAUUAGAGAAGACCAUUUUCGUGUAGAAGUUAAUGGUAAAGAAUAUGAACUAGACUUUGAAUUUUAUGAUAUCAAAAAAUUUUUAAAGAAAAAAGUGAUAGGAAACUUAUUAGACCAUAUGAAUUUUAGGUUUUACUCUUAAAAGUAGUAUAUAAAUAUGUUUGAUAAUGAUAUAUUUUUAGAGAUUAGAGAUAAUCUGAAGUUGCCUAUUGAAAAGUUUUAUGCUGUAACAAAAGGAUUUUAUACUGCAUUCACUAAAGAUAUCAAAUCAAAAAGAUAAAUAGUUGCAAAGGAUAUUUUAAAUAGUAUUGUAAUUGGUUUUUAAUUCUUACAUUGUGCAUACUUUUAUGAAUAUCCUUUAUAUAACUUCCACUAAGAAUAAUAACUUUUUCUUAGUCGUAUUAAAUAGACUGACAAUGAUCAAUAUGAGUAUUAUAGUAAAGUCAUAUAGACUGCUUAUGAGUACUAUUAAAUGAAAAUUUCAGAUAGAAAAUUUAAGGUUUAAGAUGUUAAUCCUAUAGUUAUUGAAUUUUUGUAAAAAAUCAUAAAAAUGAAUCCUUUAGAAAAUGACUAAAAAAUUAUAGAAAUUGUUAAAAGAAAAGAAAUUACAGAAGAAAGGGCCAAUCAAAUAUUUGAAAGUUUAAUAGAAAUAACUAAAAACUGA